AUGCCUUUCCCCUUCAUUCUCCCGACAACCUCGGCCUUCUCAUUCUCAUCUAGUUUCAGCAGCGAUACUCACCCCUCCCUGCCCCUCAGUUCCAGCACGUAUCGCGGAGUUGUGAGAGAUGCCCUCAAGAAGCACAAGCGAUUACCGCCAGCAUCACAAUCGUCUCACGUCUCGACAGUCGUCGGUGCUCUGAACGGUUACAUUCCUUAUAUCCUUGCCAUUGACGCUGGUCUGAACCCAGCAACUCAGUCUGGCGACUACAUCAACCUCAACACUAAGGCGCCGCCAUCCAUCGAAUGGCGACCCACACUCUCAGAUAACGCAGUGCCAGGAAGAGAGCAGUCCCGGGUGAAGAUCCAGCAUGUGGAGCACGAAAUCUUUUUCACGCUUUCCACGCUGGCUAAUUCGUAUACAUUGAUCGCCCGGGCUGCUCUCCACCCAUUGUAUGUCGCAACACAGGCUGCCUUGGACAACCAACAACGCACAGCAGCCAUCCAAACCGCAACCAAAUACCUCCUAGACGCCGCAUCAAUAUAUGACUACAUAGCCUCUCGGGCGGAGAGGGCCCAGGUAGAGCCACCCUGCAGCGAUGUCUCACCCUCGACCCUCCGAGCCAUGUCAUCUCUGGCUCUCGCCGAGGCAACCAUGCUUGCGGUGUUGAAGGACGACCCCUACCCAGCCAUAAUCGCCCAGGACCGCAACAAGAAUGACCGCGAAUGGAUGUACAAGGCCCCCGAGAUCCCCAAGGUUCGCGCUCACUUGUUCGCGCGCCUCUGCCUCGCCGCUGCCGAGCACGCCAGCCAGGCCUCCUCUCUGUGCCAAGCCGCAGGGCGCGGCUCUAGCAAAGUCAACGAAGGCAUACUCCGGUAUCUCGAGGAUCUUCGGAGGACGUGCCGCGCAAAGGCGUGCCGCUUUUUCGGUAUUGACGCCGAGAUUGGUGGCCAAGUAGGCACAGCGAUUGCCUGGCUUCAGGCGGGGCUACAGGAACUGGGUGUUGAGUCCAAGUACUCGAACAAAAGCUCCGGAUUCGGCCGUUUCAAGAAGGAGUGGAGCGAGAAGCGGGAGGAACGGAAGGUCGAGAAGGGAACGACAUGGGGAGCGGACGGCGGCAAGGGCGAGGAGACGCGCGUGAUCGAGUUCCUCGAAGGGAAAUGGCACAAACUUAAUGACACGAUGAACGUUCAGACUAUACCUCCGAUUGGCCCGUUAUUGGCACAGAUGCCAUCCGGCCGAGCAAUGCAUACUCUCAAGCCGUACCAGCCACCGAUACUGGAUCGCAGCAUACUGGAAGCCAUGCGGGCACCGCCUGAGAGAAGUGACGACUAUGGGGAUUCCCUGAGCUCGGAAGAUGAGGCGAAGGGUCACUCCGGACCACCGGGUGGCUAUCCUGAGUCGAGACCGGAGUACAGGAGUGGGAGCACCUCAUAUUACUAG